AGUGAGCGAUUUUCAGUACUGACCGGCCAUUAUUAACAUUGAGACCAAAAUUCAGCACUCACAAAAAAUCCUAAUUAGAAAGAUUUUCUUUUCCUGUGGUAAUGUCUAUUGAGAUAAAGUGUAAAAAAACAAAGUCGUUUCUGGCAAUUCUUUAGCUGAAGAUCAAAAGUCCAAUUACGAUCAGGAAUGCAGCUAAAGCCUACCAAUAUAGUGACCAAAACAAACGAAGUCAUUACCACCGCUGCCAAAAAGACAUCAUGCAGCCACGGUUGGCUGCACGUGGUUGUGCAGUACCUAUUCGGCGCCAUCACUGUCACCAGCUUCAUCCUCAUUGUAGUCAUGUCUACCACCACGAAGACCACCAACCCUCCUUCUGAUAAGUGCAAGAUCCACAGUUGCAGGGUCAUCUGCAACGAAGCACCAUUCUUCGGGGCAUUUGAGGAUUCCAUCAUUUUUGCUGUUUCGGAAGCAGAGCUACGAUGCGAGUCAGUAUUGCUAUCGUUGAUUGAGCCUUUAUUUGUCAACGCAACUAUUCCACCGUACUGGUUGUCACGGAUGAGAUCCAACGUUCACGAGCUGGAGAUUAUAGGUGGGAAUAUGAACAACAUCGCUUCACAAGCCUUCAUGUCACAAUUCGCUACACAAAUGAUUCGAUUGACACUAGAGUCUGUAACAUUAAUGAAUUGGUCUCCAGAUAUGCUAGUAGGUUUAGCUCACUUGAAAGAACUGCACAUCAAAAGUAGCAAUAUAGUACGCAUUGAACAGAAUGCACUUCAAGCCGUGGACAACACUUUGGAAACUUUAUCAAUCACUUGGAGUAACUAUUGGAAUCCUAUAAACGUAACCGGCCACUCUAGUUUCAAUUUAUUAUCAAACGUUGUUCUGUCUUCAAACAACUUCAAUAACAUCUUACAAUGGAAAAGUUUUAGGCAGUUACAAAAAUGCAAAGUACUCUUUCUAAAUUCAUGUCGCAUUAAUGCAAUCGGGCACGGAACAUUCGACAACUUAGCAAGUAUUGAAAUAUUAUAUUUGCAUAAUAAUUAUCUUGUUGUAUUGCCCCCGACUUUGUUUGACAAUAUUAUGGCUAUGGGUUAUCCAACGCCAAGGAUCAACUUGCAGGAUAAUGCAUGGGUCUGUGAUUGUGUCGAGAUGGACAUAUUAGGUCGUUUGAUUGAAACUGACGUGCUGCUUGUAGACGCAGUGUGUCAUUAUCCAAUUGCAAGACGAGGUAAAUCAUUUUCAGAAUUUUACAACAAUUGCUCGAAUAAUACUAGUAGUAACAGAUCGAUGGUCGUAACUAACAGAUUUCAACAUAAUUUUGAUUACGUACACAUGGACGGAGCAUGUGAAACUAAUGAGUCGGGUCAUAGAUCUGUAACAUUGAUAUCUCCAGCAGAUUUUUUGACGUGUUCUACUAGCAGAUAUGGAGACGAAAAUUUUCUUAACAUGCUUCCUAAUAAUGCAUUUACAACGGAACAGUCAAUAAGAAAUGAAAUAUUAAAUGCGACGUUCACUAUGAAAGGCAAUAGUUUCUCGAUUGUGGAAAUAACAUCUACAGGAUUGUCUGACUAUGGCUUAGUUUGGUAUCAGACAAAAUGUCCUCACGAAGUGUACUGUGUUAAUGUAUUGCCUUUAUAUUUAACGGUGUACAAUAUAGACGAUCAUGCCGAGUAUACAUUCUGUCCUUUAAAUCUAAAUACGCAGACUAUAGACGUGGAUAGAUGUGUUUUCUGCAAAUCUCCAAGUUCUUCAGAAAAAACUCUAAAGGCAAUUCGCGUUACACUGUACUUAGUCAUUGGAGUGUUAUGUUUGACUUUUGGUGCUUUAUGCGUGUAUAUAAUUAUAUGGAAAUUCCCAACACUACUGAAAGGAAGUAACAGAAUUUUGUUUGUAAAACAUAAAAAUGUUGACGCUUUAAUUUUGCCGCCUAAGGUACCUUUGAGGAACAGUGAUUCCGGGCUGGAAGUAAAGCAGAAGGACAUAUUCAUGUUGUCAAGUAAUAAGCAUGAGCUUUUUCCUUCUUUUUUUCGCACGCAUUCGACGAGAAGUACUAAAAGUAUGGCUCCGAGUUACAUAUCAGCGUUACAGCCUACAGAGGAGCAGCUGAAGGAAUGGCGCCUAAAACAUCUUGAUGAUAAUGAUUCCACCAUCACGUCUGUUACCUUCGGCUACCCAUAUACUACAGUUUCAGAUGACGAAUCGAUAUUUUGCUCUAUUAGCCAAACUAGCAAUAAAACUCUUGAAAGUAUAAAACAGUCUGAACUUGAUGAUAACAAAUAG